CUCUGCGCGUGGAGCGGGCUUCUCCGCCGGGCUUCUUCGGCUCUUGCUCUGAGUCCCAGGCAGAUGUGCAGAGAGGCUCAUCGCGCGGCCACAUCGCAACCGCUCAGCCCUUCCCUGGCUCGACCCAGUGGCGCCGCUGACUCCAGAUCCACGAGGGCAACGGGCGAAGAAGCAGCGAACGAAGGAAACGGAAAAGCGCUUGACCAGCGACGAAACCGGCAGGCAAGUUAAGAGCUGUCCAGGGUCCUGAACUUGCUCGAUGGAACCUUUAGGGAUGAGACCACUUUGAAAACUUUCUCUAGGGAAGCCGGAGGAAUGCUGGAAUACGGGAAUCGUUUCUCUUUUCUCGGUCCUUGACAAGCCGAAAAGUCGGACAAUUCGUUUAUUGUUCCCUCGUUUUUUAAGGGAACUGCUCUAUACAUCGUUUACAAUCCCCAUCUCCCGCUUAUCCAUCCCUUCCGUUUAAGAAACCUUGAGCUCCAGACUCUGGUUUGGGUUGAUCCUCCGUCCAGCUGCAGCAGGUUCGGGAGCUGUCGCUUCGGAAAGCAGGCUUGGUCAUGUUGCCUGCCCGUUGGGGCAGUAAGAGCGGCGGCAAGAGCAAGAGCGGGUCAAGCGCGCAGGCGCACUCUCCUCCGAGGCUGCAGUUUCUGAGCUGUGAGCGCAGUCUUGCCACAGUCUGGGCUUUACCAGCUGCUGGAGCGCUACUACCAUGAACUGCCUCAUCAAUCUUCCCACAGCUACUCCACAGCACUGGGCUCAAGAGACCUUCCGAGAUCCACCCAGCCCGCCCCACUGCAACCUCUUGGCUCCAGAGCCCAGCUCUGCAGGCACAGGAGGAUGCCGGGGGGCAAAAGGGGGCUGGUGGCACCACAGAAUACAUUUUUGGAGAACAUUGUCAGACGCUCAAGUGAAUCAAGUUUUUUAUUGGGCAAUGCUCAGAUUGUGGACUGGCCUGUAGUUUAUAGUAAUGACGGUUUCUGUAAACUCUCUGGAUACCAUCGAGCUGACGUCAUGCAGAAAAGUAGCACUUGCAGUUUUAUGUAUGGGGAACUCACAGAUAAGAAGACGAUUGAAAAAGUUAGACAGACAUUUGACAACUACGAAUCAAAUUGCUUUGAAGUCCUUUUGUAUAAGAAGAACAGAACACCUGUUUGGUUUUACAUGCAAAUUGCACCGAUAAGAAAUGAGCAUGACAAAGUGGUGUUAUUUCUUUGCACUUUUAAAGAUAUCACUUUAUUCAAGCAACCUAUUGAAGAUGAUUCGACCAAAGGCUGGACAAAGUUUGCCCGUUUGACGCGAGCUCUGACAAACAGCCGGAGUGUUCUACAGCAGCUAACUCCCAUGAACAAAGCUGAGGUGAUCCAUAAACACUCUCGAUUAGCUGAAGUUCUCCAGCUGGGAUCUGAUAUCCUUCCACAAUAUAAGCAAGAGGCCCCAAAGACUCCGCCACAUAUAAUUUUACACUACUGUGCUUUUAAGACCACUUGGGACUGGGUCAUCUUAAUUCUCACCUUCUACACAGCCAUUAUGGUUCCCUACAACGUUUCCUUCAAAACAAAGCAGAACAACAUUGCUUGGUUGGUCCUGGAUAGUGUGGUAGAUGUUAUUUUUCUGGUGGACAUAGUUUUGAAUUUUCAUACUACCUUUGUUGGACCUGGUGGAGAGGUAAUAUCUGAUCCCAAACUCAUCAGGAUGAAUUACCUGAAAACCUGGUUUGUGAUAGACCUUUUGUCAUGUUUACCUUAUGACAUCAUCAAUGCCUUUGAGAAUGUAGAUGAGGGUAUCAGCAGCCUCUUCAGUUCCUUAAAAGUGGUGCGACUCCUGAGAUUGGGCCGUGUGGCCAGGAAGUUGGACCAUUAUCUGGAAUAUGGCGCUGCAGUAUUGGUGCUCCUGGUUUGUGUCUUUGGAUUAGUGGCCCACUGGCUUGCGUGCAUCUGGUAUAGCAUUGGGGACUAUGAAGUUAUUGAUGAGAUCACGAAUACCCUCAAGAAUGACAGCUGGCUCUGCCAAUUGGCAGAGAGUAUUGGAACACCGUAUCGGUACAAUGCUACUGGAUCAGGGCAGUGGGAAGGCGGACCCAGUAAAGAUUCACUUUAUAUAACUUCUCUCUACUUUACCAUGACAAGCCUUACAACAAUAGGAUUUGGAAACAUAGCUCCAACCACUGAUGGAGAGAAGAUUUUCUCUGUGGCCAUGAUGAUGGUGGGAUCUCUUCUUUAUGCAACUAUUUUUGGAAACGUCACUACAAUUUUCCAACAAAUGUACGCCAACACCAAUCGCUACCAUGAGAUGUUGAACAAUGUGAGGGAUUUCUUAAAGUUAUACCAAGUCCCCAAAGGCCUUAGUGAACGUGUCAUGGAUUAUAUUGUCUCCACAUGGUCAAUGUCGAAAGGGAUCGAUACAGAGAAGGUCCUUUCAAUAUGUCCCAAGGACAUGAGAGCGGAUAUUUGUGUACAUCUCAAUCGGAAGGUUUUUAACGAACAUCCAGCUUUUCGGCUAGCUAGCGAUGGCUGCCUGAGAUCACUUGCAGUGGAAUUCCAGACGAUCCAUUGUGCUCCUGGAGACCUUAUCUAUCAUGCUGGUGAAAGCGUAGAUGCCCUCUGCUUUGUUGUCUCAGGAUCAUUAGAAGUCAUACAGGAUGAGGAGGUGGUGGCCAUCUUAGGUAAAGGGGAUGUUUUUGGUGACAUCUUCUGGAAAGAGACCACUCUGGCUCAUGCAUGUGCCAACGUACGGGCCCUAACCUAUUGCGAUUUGCACAUUAUCAAACGGGAAGCUUUGCUGAAAGUUCUGGACUUUUAUACAGCUUUUGCAAACUCUUUCUCAAGGAACCUCACUCUAACCUGCAAUCUGAGGAAACGGAUUAUUUUCCGAAAAAUCAGUGACGUCAAGAAAGAAGAGGAGGAGCGCCUGCGACAAAAGAACGAAGUGACCUUGAGCAUCCCGGUGGACCAUCCUGUCAGGAAGCUCUUCCAGAAAUUCAAACAGCAGAAGGAAAUGCGGAACCAAGGGACGACAAUCAUUGAUCCUGAGAGGAAUACCCUCCAGGUGGACACCCGAACCAUGCAGAACGGUGCUGCCAUCACUGGCACAAGUGUGGUCACCGUAUCUCAAAUUACACCCAUCCAGACAUCAUUGUCCUAUGUGAAAACCAAUGAGGUGGUCAAACCAAACAACAGGGAUGCCACAGAGCUCAAACCUAAUAGCAAUGGUGACCCCAAAUGUCUCAAAGUUACCAGCCCUGUCAGGAUGAAAAACGGCAAUGGGAAAGGGUGGCUUCGAUUAAAGAACAACAUGGCAGGCCAGGAAGAGAAAAAGGAAGAGUGGAAUAACGUCACCAAGGCAGAGUCUAUGGGGCUGUUGUCAGAGGACCCCAAGAACAUUGACUCAGAAAAUGUAACAAAAAACCCACUGAGGAAAACGGACUCCUGUGACAGUGGGAUCACAAAAAGUGACCUUCGUUUGGACAAAGCUGGGGAGAACCGUAGCCCCCUAGAGCACAGCCCUUGUCAACCAGAUACAAAACACCCCUUUUACCCUAUCCCAGAACAAGCCUUACAAACUACCCUCCAGGAGAUCAAACACGAACUCAAGGAAGAUAUCCAGCUAAUAAGCAGCCGGAUGGCCAUCCUGGAGAAGCAGGUGGCGGACAUUUUAAAAAUCUUGUCUGAAAAGAACACAUCGCAGACAACAUCUUCAAAAUCACGUUUAUCUCCUCAGCUACCAUCACAAAUACCUUGUCAGGACAUUUUUAGUGUCUCAAGGCCUGUCUCACCUGAAUCAGAAAAGGAUGAAAUUCACUUUUAA